GGCCCACGGAAAUGGGCGAGCAUAAUCUUCUUAAUCCCGGGUUUGUGGGACCUUUGGUAAACAUCCACACUGGAGACACUUUUUACUUUCCGAAUUUCCGAGCCUCGGUGGGACAACUGGCGGGGCUACCAUCUCUCCCCUACCCGAGAAGGGACAACGUUUGCUCCCUCCCGUGGAACCCAUCGGAGCCCUGCAAUGGAUACUCUCAAUCCUAUUUUAGCAGCCCCAUGUCUAUUAACCCUUCUUUCAACGGGUCGUGUGAAAUUACUCGGCCGGAGGAGAGUAAAUGUUAUUAUAGCAACGGCAGCGCGAGCAGCAGAGAGAGCUGUUCAGGUGGUGGCGGGAGCAGCCUAAAGCGAGAGGAUAGGGCGAGGGACACAUCAUCAUCCAUAACAUCUGAUCACGGGAUGCACUCUGGCAUGGGCAGCAACAACAGUGGUGCCUUUUCCAAGUAUGAUUAUGGGACCGAGCAACUCAUUCAAGACCCGCCGUCCUGCCAAUCUCUGGAAUCCGAUUCCAGCUCCUCACUUUUCAAUGAGGGCAGCAAACCUUCCUCCAGCGACCCUCAGACCCUACUGUCACCGGGAAAACACACCGUCCACUCGGGCAACAUAGCUGCAGGCGGAGGUGGGUCCCAUCCUCAUUCAUCCAAACACUGUUAAAUGAUAUUAGAAAUCCCCAAAAUGCUCCUUUAUUAUCAGAGGAAUUAAAUAGUUCAGCAUAGCCAGAGGUUUGUUGUUGGCUCUAGCGAUUUGUUAUCAUGAUGCUCAUGUUUAGAUUUUUGCCUGCAGGCGACUUCACUUGCGUGGCGGACUAACGCCGCUAGGGGUUGCCCUAAAAUGUUCCAUCAUGCUUCAAGCCUUUGUGUACAACCAGGAGACUUUAGGCUGCAGAUCAUUUUAGUCCACGGUCUUAAAUCUUACUGCCACUGCAUGUGUCUCAGAGUCAGAGACAAAUCAUUCUGAAUAAGCUUAUCGAUGUGAUUGUAUCAUUUUGGUUUAUCUGAAUCAUUUAGCUUGUUAUAACAUGUCUAUUACGCACAGAUUACGCAGAACAAAUGAGUGCAGUGAUUUGAAGAGGUGAGGCGCUGUGGAUGACUGCAUCGAAUAGAAAGGGGUUUCGAGGGGUUUCGUUUUAAUGACUCGUAAACAUAAUUAAUAUCUGUCGCUGUAUACUAUAAAGGGGGAAAUAAGUAGGGAAAUACUUAAUUAUCACGUUAAUGUAGCUUUAACUGCAUCAGUAAAACUUCAUGUGACACAACCUACUGUAAAUUAGUGGUCACUUUGCCUUUAUGUAUAAACUCGAAGAAGGUAACAUAGAAUUUCAGCUGCUGCUUCUGAACAAACAUUCCCCAUGUCAUCGAAUAAGAUUCAGACUUAGUAAGGUCUAGAUAGACUAGACCAAAACAAGUCAUGUGUAACACAACACGUGUGUAUGUGCGCAGCACAGGAAGUCACAUUGAAAGGAGAGUAUAGCCUUGGAGGUGACUGUGAGCUUAAUAUGUGGUCCUAACUGGUGUGACUUAUCCUUCUCCUGUAUGCCCCCUCCAGGUGCCCCGUGGUACCCGAUGCACACCCGGACCAGAAAGAAACGCAAGCCCUACUCCAAGCUCCAACUGGCCGAGCUGGAGGGCGAGUUCAUGCUGAAUGAGUUCAUCACCAGACAGCGGCGGAGGGAGCUCUCUAACCGCCUCAACCUCAGCGACCAACAGGUUAAAAUCUGGUUCCAGAACCGGCGUAUGAAGAAAAAGAGACUGGUGAUGAGGGAGCAAGCUAUGACCUUCUUUUAGAUUUAGUAGAGACGUGGCACCAUAAGGAAAAUCGAUUGAUGGGCAGUAUUUCUCCUGUCUGCAAUUGCUAUAAAUGCAUGCAUGCACCCACCUAGCCUACUCUCGCUCCAUCUCCAUCAGGAGGUGCAAAAUGUUCAGGAAAGAUUUUAGGUGUAGGCCCUAAGGAAAACGACCAAGUGAUACUCCUGCGAUAACUUAGAAUAUCUGCAGAGUUAUGCAGGAUAGUACUGCCAUAGUGUUGUAGUAAAACACCUAUAGCCUACAGACGUUUAUCAACUGUGAGAUGAUAUUCUAGCGUCCCGGAUAGGCCUAAAGGACGGAAUUAGUGCAUGAUGUCCUAGACUUUAGUAAAUUCCCAAGCCCUUGAAAAUUUAUAAUUUAUUUUGAUAAAUUACUUAUAAAAGCAUAAUAAUCCUUAUUAGUCGUAUGGCCAGUGAAGAUGAAUUUGAAAACUAAAUUAACUAAAUUAAAAGCAAUAUAAUAAACACGAGGCCAGAGUGAGCGAUAAACCAAUCAGGCCAAUUCUUCACCAAUGUACCUGAAUCAACUUAACGUGCAUUCAAGACGAAGGACAUUGGUUAAGACAAACACAAUACCCUUAUCUGUUUUCUCUAGUCCCCGCCAUGUGUUUUGGCACGUUCACGGUCACGGGCAAGGAGUCAGACUCCAAGCCGCAAAUCAGAGGAUCUUAGGGAUAACUAAACCUCCAUGCCAACUUCUUUAUGGCCCCGCUCCUCAACCGUCUCUGAACUACUUUGGGGUUGGAUCAGAACAGAUGAGGUGGCUGUUUAAACCCGGGUUCGUGCUGGCUGCUAUCAAAGAUCAUAGUUCUCGUAGUUGUGCUGACAAUUAUUCUUCAAUUAUUCUUCCACAAUAGAGUUGUUGGAGUUUCUUAUUGCAAUAACAAGCAGAGGUAGAUGUCUUCUCCGUAAAUGCACAUCCCAUAGAUAGACUCUCAAUAAACUUUUUGUCCUGAUAUAGACCCCGGAAUAACGGUUACCGCUGGAAAAGUGCACAUUUGAAUGGGCAUAAUUGAAAGUAGAACUUGACUGAAAAAUAGGCUCAGUGGAAAGAAAUAUCGUAUUAUAAACAUAUAUGACAUACAAAAUCUAAACGCUGGGGUGUGAACCUUUAACUUCUGGGCAACACACAGUAUUAUAGUAUUGAAUGUAUAUGGAUUAAAACCCAGCAGUGAAAGAUACUUGCAGCAUGUUAGUGAUUAUGUGAAAAAUAACCAAAUGGAUGAUAGAUAAUAAUUGCUCGGUACCUUACAACUUUUAAUGUAGAAACAACUGAACGAUUGAAAGACAUUUCGUCGCAUUUUAAGGCGAGUAAAUAUGAACUUAAACCUUUAUUAUGUAUGCAUAUAAUGAUAAUAAUAAUAAUAAUAAUUAUAAUAGCAUUGGUCGGAGGUGCUGACUAUUAUUUGUAGGCUACUGUAUUUGGUAUUCGUUAUGUUCUAAAUGGUGUCUCUUCUUACCUUAUAACGUGUAGCAAAUUGUAAAAGUAUGGAAAUUAUAUGAUAUGAUGCUAUUUACAUCCUAUUUGGGGAUAUCCUAUCUCAAGGAAUAGUGUUUUAUGUUAAUGUUCCAAUAUUUCGUCCUGUAGAAUACAAUCUCGCAUUCCAUUAUUUGCGUUUGUAAGGGGUUAUAUGCAGACCCGUCGCCAGACCUAAGUCUUAAGGGGGGCAUAUGAAAU